UAUAAAGCAUCGUACAACCCGCGCGCCGCGUCUUACGUCCGAAGCCACCGUGUAGCUCUGUGCUCUUACAACCUCAAAGCCACGCGGACCUGCGGACUUUGUGAAAGUGCGAUCGCAACGAUUUCUCGGUAUAGUGAGAGUAAACCGAGCCCGUAAUAACGGAAUCUUUGGUUAAGAUUAAAAGUGCUGUGAAUCGUCUCGCGAAUACAAGACAGAGUUCAAUGGAAGCCAGGUUUGUGAGCUGCCGGAGCUUCCAGCAGAUCAAGCCGCCCGAGAAGAGUUUAGCGCCGCCGCCGACGGUGAAAGGGCUGCUAUCUCGCUUCGGAAGCCAGGCUCAAGCUUUGUUCGCGCCGAAGAAACCACGAUUCGGUUCCACUGUAGCCAUCCAUAAGUUGAGGGAGUCCAAGUGGUUUAAACAUGAUGAGCAAAAUAUUCUGUGUGCGGUCCUCGAAACGGGAUUCAUUUUGGAGGUCAGAGCGGAGGAUCCUUUGCCGCCUGACUCUACGCUGUCCCCGGACUACCAUAUGUACGCCAUUGCCAUGUGGAAGAAGGGUAAAGAAAAAACAAAAAACCCGGAACAGAUAGAGGUGUACACAGUCCAGCAGAAAGGUGUGCGAAAACGUAUCAUCAAGACCACCCUGAGUGCCUUCUGGAAGAAAGACUCCGUCAUACGCAUAAACAACGUAGACGACAAACAAGAGACCCCCAACAGUGAAAAGGACAUCAGAGCAAAGCUCGAGAUGGCAACAAAAUCCAGAUUUGAAAGAAACUGGCAUAAUACACUGCAUUUCGUCCACUGGUGCCGGUAUGGGGAGACUCCGCAAGAAGCUCGCAUGAGACAGAUCAGCUUGACAACGUCGAAAACACCUAUGAUUAUCAUCUUUUGAUGGUAAUCUAUGAGGCGCUUUGGACAUACGGCUGGCAACAUAACCGAUAAGCGAGUCGCUGAAGUGGGGUAACAUUGGCAUGAACAUGGGCGUGAUGCUCGUGAGCCAAGGCUCCGCCCGCGCCAAAGCGAAGUCCGUCUGAGUGUCGCAGGCCGGCGUCAGCGCCGGCGCUUGCUACGCUUGCUUCUGGCACCCCACGCCCGGAAACAUAGACUUCGUUUAACCGAACCUGAUUCAAAUUAUAACUGGCUACGACUUGGGAAAUUUGUAGACUGGCAUCAGCUUUUAUCAAACACACUUUUUGACCGACUGCGGUGAAACCCAAAAUGAUCUAUGGAGAAAGGCCUUAUGUGCGCUCGUAACUAUCAAUUCUCUUUGUCGGUGUUCCCACUUGAUUACAAUGGUUAUUCAAGGGGCGGACCAACAAUUCCUGAAAGGCCCAGUAACACAUUGGCGGUUCCUCUGGUACUGCAAAUGUUCAUAGGCGGCGGUGAUCGCUUAUUAACCGUUUGCUCGCUAUUUUUAUUUUAAAAAAAAAACUACUCAACGGUUCAACCGAUUUUGAUAAAUAAUACGUCAUUAGAUUCAUCUUGGGCGUAAAACUUGGGCGUCACUGGGUACAUAAAAUUCUUACAAAAAUAAAAUGGCGGAUUUUAUACGCUUUAAUGUGUGGGUUGAAAACGAUGCAGUGCAAACCGCAAUCGGGGUUUUUUCAAAAAAAAAAUUUAAAUUACUUGUUUCAUCUGUCAAAAACGGGGAAAUUUUAUCAUAAUGCUAAUUUUAAUAGCUCUUCAACUAAAAGGCAUUAACAGCUAAGUUUAUUAAUCCAGAAAGUUGUUUGCCCGUUUCCCCAGCCAAAUUCACAGCUAAUGCUUGGUCUACUUAAAUUCCUUGGUCUAAGAAUUAGGUUCUUUAUCAUUCCAUUUCUUGUAAAUUAAAAAAAAUGCUAUUGAUUAGAUUAGAGAAGUAUUCCAAAUUAAAAAUUUGUUAGAAUAUUGAAGUUUUUAAUCUAUGAUGCCGCAGGCUAUUAAAAUAUAUAAUAAAAAAUACAAAUAAGUAAAACGGAAUCUCUCGCAAUAUAUUUAAGAAUGAGGUCCGUAUAAUAAAUAACUUAUGAAUGGUUGAUAAAAUACAAAAUAAUGUAAUCGCGUUAACAAUAUUUAAGAGGUACUUUAUAAUCGGAAUCUCUUGCGACAUAAGGAGUCCGAUUUUUUGAAAAUACAUUCAGUUUCCUUACGUUCCUUUUCUAAUAAAUACAGUUUGUUCUAUUUCAAAGUUUCUUAUUUUUAAAAAUUAAAAAUCAGAAAAUGCAAAAAUGUGAGGGAUUUAAGAAGCUUUAAUUUUCUUUAGUAUUUGGUUUAAUGGACGUAAAAAAUUUAACAUUCCUGAACCAAGAAAAGACGCACCCCGCGGUUUCAAAUAAAAAUAAGUAAAUGACUUACAAUGUUAAAUAAAAUUGUAUUAUCCGUAUUUUUAUAUCUAAGAGGAUAAUUUUACGAAAAGUUUUUGUUGACUAUUAGUAUAAACUUAAGAUUUUUCGAUUUGAUAAGACUGUUCUGAUUUUUUUGUCAUAUAGUUGUUUUGAAAAACUACGAAAAACGCGCGAACCAUUUUUCAUAACUACAAUUAUUUUUUUCAAGUAUAUUUAUUGUGCAACGAUAAUUUGAGUAUUUAUUACAUCUAGUCUUAAAAUAAAUUAAUUACAGUUUCUAUCUUUGAAAAAGUACACUGACUUUCGAAUAAAAACAUCAAUGAUAUUAACAAGUUUAUGGCCUUUUUGUACUUAAUUAAAUAAAAUAUCUUUAUCUAACGUAAAAUAGAUUAAUAUAAAUUCUGGUACUGAGUUUUAUGAUUCAAUCGCAUAGUUUUUCGUAGUUUGUGCGUCGACGAGUAUUGUUAAGUAUUGAUAUUUAUAAAGUAACACAUAAUGACCUAAUGAGAAAAUGUUUAUAGGACGUGAGUUCGAUUGUUUGAAACUCGAGAGUGACUCGUACAAGAUAAUGUUUAAUUUAUGAGGCAUUUUUUGAUAAAUAAAUGAUUUAAAUAAACGCA